CCCUCCUCUUCUUCCCUCUCUCUUCCCUCCUGCCCCGUUCACCCAACCUCCCGCCCCGGAAGCAGAAGCAAGAAAGGAGCCGCACCCAGGCACAGCAGCAGAAGGCCGCAGAAGCCCUAUCCUCCGUACCCACCCCCCCACAGUCAUCCCCACAGAUACCCCCUGCAUCCAGAUACAAAAAGGAGACCCGCGUUGGCAAGGCGACUACGCCCACUAGCAUUCAGCCUACCGCAGUCCAUCACAGCUUAGCUUCAAGCUGUAUAUAACGCCCGCCCCCCCUUUCUUUCCCCCCGCGCUAUACACCACAGUAUAACACAAGAGAGGUAAUGAAACCACCAACAAACAAACUCCAUAUCCCCCUCACCGAAAAGGCUUCCCCAUUCUUCGCGUCCCCUUACCCCCCGUCCUCGUCUGUGGGACCCAAUCCGUCCCAGCUCUCGCCCAUCCCCUCCGCGCCCGCAUCUGCAGACACCCCGCACUCGCAAGACGCGUUACUACGAGCGACCUCGCCAAAGAUGUUGGAAGCUGGCGGCUACUUUCCCGUCUCGACUUCUUCCCUCCCUUCUCACUCUGGCUCUAGCUCGGGGGGUAGCAGGCUCAACAGAGCAAGGAUGGCGUGCCGGCAGGGUUUGUUGCCUGGGGGAGUGUGGAGGAGGGUGGUGAUGUUGAUGGUGUUUUUGGGGUUGGGGGCGUUGAUUCUGCAUCGGCAUGGUGGGAAUCUGGGACUACCAGAAAAGUACGCUACCCAAAAACCAGUCUCUUACGGCCAAAGCCAACCAGACGUGGUCGUACCGUCCUUUGAAAACGAAAACGACGCCCUGCCCAUCCCCGCGCACCACCCCUCCCACUCUUCCCCUUCCCAAGAAACACAAACAGAAACGCUCCACCACAAAGGCCACCGCCCGAUCGACCUCGCCUCCGACGCGAUGCCCCUCGAGGCGACGACCCGCGAGAGGCUGGAGGUGUGGCGGAAUGCGCCGGGGGGAAGGGGGGAGGUGGAGGGGGAGGUGGAGAUGGGGGGGUUUAUGCAGUGGAACCUUGAAGAAUGCUCGACGAUAUCCGAACAACACAACACCCACAUGAUCCAGCACUCUGCCAACGCCUGGUCCUCCCUCAACCGCUCCUCCAUCCACGCUCACCGCAUGGAACUCAUCACCCACCUCGAGACCCUCCUCGACGCGGGCAGGAUGGACGAGUAUGGCGAGGGGCGGGGGGUGGUGAUGGUGGCGGGGAAUGCGGAUACGUUGAUGAGGGUCAAGUGGAGUUUGGAGAUGUUUAGGAGUUAUGGGAGUAAGUUGCCGGUGCUUAUUUAUCAUUUCCCGGAGGAAGCGCCGGCAGAGGACGACCCCAUCCGCGAAACCCUCGCCAACCUCAACGCCCAACUUGUCUCCGUCCCCGGCCAACAAAAAGACGCCCACAAGACCAAAUCCUACCACCUCAAAGCCCUCGCCAUCACCUCCUGCCCCUUCCGCCACGUGCUCUACCUCGACUCGGACUCGAUCCCCACAAGAGACCCGGAAUACAUGUUUGAUGCGCCGAAUUACAAGAGGCUGGGGGUGUGGAUGACGCCGGAUUAUUGGAAGACGGGGGCGAAUAAUCCGAUUUGGGCGAUUAUGGGGGUCAAGUGUAGGAAUGAGUGGGAGAUGGAGACGGGGCAGAUGUUUAUUGAUAAGAAACGGCAUUUGGACGUGUUUUUGCUCGUGCAGUAUAUGCUCGAACGACAUGAUUUCUGGUUCACAUUCUCCGACGGCGACAAGGACAUCUUCCGCUGGGCGCUCCUCGCCCUGCGCAAACGCUGGGCCAUCCCCGGCCGCUGGGUCGGCGCCGCCGCCCUCCCCCGCGGAACCGCCUCGGGCGAAUUCUGCGCGCACACGAUGCUGCAGCACGAUUCCUGGGGCGAGCCCUUAUUCGUGCACUACAACCUCCUCAAACAGAUCCCCUCUGGCGUCGGGCGCGGCUUCUCAUGGGGCCGGACCAAGCAGCUGCCUCUCUUUAAUACGUGGCCUGCGACGCCUGCGACGGCGAGGCUGGGGGAGCCGGAGGUGAAGCCGGAGGAUGGGGGGGAGAGGGGGUUGGGGGAGGAGGAUUGUGAUAUGUUGGCGGAUGCGGGGGAGGAUGGGCGGGCGAGGGCGCCGGCGAAGGAGAUGGUUAUGCGGCGGGCGGCGAGGGAGAGGGGAGUCAAGGUCAAGUAUCAUGGGGGGUGGAUUAGUGCGCUUUGUAUUGAUCUGGAGUAUAUCGACCCCCGGCCGCAGGAACGACAGGACGAAGAUAAUAAAGCGAGGGAGGCGAGGGAGGCGAUCGCAGCUGCUGCUGCUGAGGAGUCGGAGUCGACUACCCCCGAGGCCCCCGUCGCGCGCGCUACCAAGGACGAAUCGCACCCCCACUCUCGCUCUACAUCCGACUCGUCCGACUCGUCCGACUCGGAGAAGAAGGACGGUGAGCACGCGGAGGGCGCGGAGGGAGAAGAGGAAGAGGAGCCGUUGUGGGAAGGUGUGGUCUACCCUGAUUGGAGGCAGAGCCCGAUAGAGGUUGUGCAGUGGGCGGAUGAUGAGCAUCUCAAGACGUUUGAAAAGACCUUGUACGACUUUGGGUUCAAGCCUAGUGGACCUGGGUUCUAGGGUUCUAGAGUGCGCGUAAGCGUUGGGGAGUUGUUGAGAGUGGGAAAGACUGGGCUGGACCCUGGUUGGAAAAGUUGUCGUUCUUGCAUAGAGAUCCUUUUAUCUUAUUGAUAAUACGAUUGUGUGUGAUAGAUUGGAUGUGUUAUGUAUCAUAGAUGAACUUGCAUUGUCUCCCUUGG